ACCGGACCUGCUCUCAUGACUCCCAUUUAUUAUUUGAUAUAAGUACACCGAAUAUGCGAACCCAGAACACUCGGCUACAUUAGCAACACGCAGGUUUUGUUUGUUUAAAAAAUGUGUCCGGUCAGAAAGUUGAGACUAAAUUCUGUCGUUGAAGAAAUCUUUGGAGUGUUUGAAAGAACCAUAGCAGAGUACAAAGAGGGACGAAAGAGGAAAAAGAGCGACAACAAGAACUACUGGAUGCUGUUUUCAAACCUCAAGUUGUGCUACACAGAUCAGGCAGUCUCCCAAGCCCAGCAGGGCCGCUGGAUGAGGUGGGAGGGCGUGGAGAGGAGAACAAUCACGUGGAGCGAAAUAUGGAGCAUGGAGUCUAAUAGACUAAGUUUCAUCAUAAGAGCCACAUAUGAUGUCCUGCCCUCUCCAACCAACCUACAUCUCUGGUAUGGAGUGGACCCAGCCUGUCUCCAGUGUACAGUCCCAGCAACCCUCAAACACAUCUUGGUAGGUUGCAAGACCAGUCUGACUCAAGGGAGAUACACCUGGCGCCACAAGCAGGUACUGAAGUGCUUGGCUGCCCAACUUGAGAAUAAGAGAGUGGUCACCAAUGCCAUGCCUCUAAAUGCUCAGGCAACCUUCCCACGCAAAACAACUUUCAUCCGGGAAGGAGAGAAACGGCGGACCAAGCCAUCACCUCCAGACUUGGGCCCACUAAACGUAGCCCGAGAUUGGGAAAUGCGGGUAGACCUCAGCCAGAGACUUAUCUUCCCACCCGAAAUUGCAGCAACCAGCCUGCGCCCAGACCUGGUCCUCUGGUCCAUGUCCUGCCGCCGUGUCUUCAUCGUUGAGCUAACGGUCCCAUGGGAGGACGCCAUCGAUGAAGCAUUCCAACGGAAGAGGCUGCGAUAUACCAACUUGGCAGCUGAAGCAGAGGCACGGGGCUGGAACGUGAAGGUGUGGCCAGUGGAGGUGGGCUGUAGAGGCUUUGUAGCCAGUUCCACCACAAAGCUCCUUAAAGAAGUAGGAAUCAGAGGACAGGCCCAACGCAAGGCUAUUAAAGAACUUUCCACCGCAGCAGAGCGGAGCAGUCACUGGCUGUGGCUGAAGCGCAGGGAUGCAGCAUGGGCUGCCAAAUAACCACGUGGUGCCACCAUGCGACACACACCCAGGUCUGAUCAGCCUGUGGUGGGCCAACCUCGGCAGAGGGUGUCUUGUGAUAAAUGGCCGAAACGCCCAAUGACGUCGGGGAACACAACUGAAGAUGUGUUGUACUGGUGGCACCACAUGAUUAGUGGCAAACUCCACCCCACCCAAGAGGACAUCUCCAACCCCAUUUCAUUGUUGUGCUGAAUAUUUAGGGAUCUUUAACAACUAGUCCUAUUAAGAAUCCUUUCCCCCCUGCCCUGCUCAACCAAAAAGCCCGCCACCUAGUGACAAAAGAAAGUAAUGCCAACACAAAAAUAAGGAUGCCUUAAAUGGCUCCUACACACCGGCCCCUAAUUGUUUACACUGUAACAAUUACUUGAAAGGGAGCCAUUCAAAUUCACUUUUACACAAUUCUUCUUCUCAGUUUUUUGUUUUUUUUCAUAAUUUCAAAAUUCAUUCAUUCAUUCAUUUUUCAUUUAUCUCCUUCAUUGAUGUGUAUCUUUGAUAGACAAUUUUACCACAAUUAUUCAGUUAUACAUUUACACACCAAUGCCUGAGAAGGAGCAGGAUGAAGAAAAUAUUAUAUUUUCCUGCCCCCUUCAACAUAAUGCAUAGUCUUACUUAAUGAUAUAUAAACCAAUAAUUACAUCCAAAUAUAACGAAAACAAAGAAAAAAACACACAAAAAAAAAACACAAGUGCAAAACUUCAUGAAGUACGAACCGAACAAAAAACAAAACAAAAGAAGUAAUAUACACCUCACGGGAUGAUACAAAACAAAUACAAAACCAGGCAAAAAAUAAGUAAAAUAAUAAAUAUAAAGCAAAAUGUAAACACUUAUGGCUGUCCAUAUGAUUUUAUUGUUCUGUCUUUGUAUAUUUUUUUCAAUUGGAAUAUAUUUUUACAAUCUUUUAUCUCAUUGUAAAGAGAAUUCCAUAGUUGAACCCCCACCACUGAUAUACACAUUUGUUUUAAAGGCCUACUGAAAUGAUUUUUUUUUAUUUAAACGGGGAUAGCAGAUCUAUUCUAUGUGUCAUACUUGAUCAUUUCGCGAUAUUGCCAUAUUUUUGCUGAAAGGAUUUAGUAUAGAACAACGACGAUAAAGAUCGCAACUUUUGGUAUCUGAUAAAAAAAAGGCUUGCCCCUAGCGGAAGUAGCGUGACGUAGUCAGUUGAACAUAUACGCAAAGUUCCCUAUUGUUUACAAUGAUGGCCGCAUGAAGUGAGAGAGAUUCGGACCGAGAAAGCGACAAUUUCCCCAUUAAUUUGAGCGAGGAUGAAAGAUUUGUGGAUGAGUAAAGUGCAAGUGAAGGACUAGUGGGGAGUUGAAGCUAUUCAGAUAGGGAAGAUGCUGUGAGAGUGACCUGAUAUUCAGCUGGGAAUGACUACAACAGUAAAUAAACACAAGACAUAUAUAUACUCUAUUAGCCACAACACAACCAGGCUUAUAUUUAAUAUGCCACAAAUUAAUCCCGCAUAACAAACACCUAGCUACUAGCUACUAGCUCGAGCUAGUUAUAGCAAGCGAUCAAAUGUUUGGAAGCGUACUCACGGUAUCGCGUCUGCGUCUGUGUAUCGAAGUCAAAGUCCUCCUGGUAAGAGUCUCUGUUGUCCGAGUUCUUCGAUCUUGACUGCAUCUUUCGGGAAUGUAAACAAUGAAACACCGACUGUGUUGUGUUGCUGACUUCCCUCGCAAAAUACUCCGCUUCACACCGACUUUCUUCUUUGCUUGCUCAGCUUCUUUCUCCAUAAUGCAAUGAACAAAUUGCAACAGAUUCACCAACACAGAUGUCCAGAAUACUGUGGAAUAAUGAGAUGAAAACAGCUAUUUCGUAUUGGCUUCAAUGGGGAAGCCAUACCUGUGUUCUACUGGCUACGUCACGCGCAUACGUCAUCCUCAGAGGCGUUUUGAACCGGAAGUUCCCCGGGAAAUUUAAAAUGUCACUUUAUAAGUUAACCCGGCCGUAUUGGCAUGUGUUGCAAUGUUAAGAUUUCAUCAUUGAUAUAUAAACUAUCAGACUUCGUGGUCGCUAGUAGUGGCUUUCAGUAGGCCUUUAAAGUUGUCCUUGAAUACGGAUGUUGGAAAUGACCUUUUCUUCUAUGCUCUUCAUUCUCAGAAGUGUUGACAAACAUUUUUUGUAAAUUUGCUGGUAAUGUUUUACUUUUAGCCUUAAACAUGAUACAUAAUGUCUGUAACUUUACUAGCUCCUGUAGUUUCAAUAAACUCGAAUUAAUGAAUAAUAUGUUAAUGUGUUCUAAGUCAUCUACUUUAUGAAUAAUCCUUAUAGCUCUUUUCUCUAGUUGAUACAAUGCCUUUAUGUUACUCUUAUAUGUGUUCCCCCACACUUUAUGUUACUCUUAUAUGUGUUCCCCCACACUAUAUGUUACUCUUAUGUGUUCCCCCACACUUUAUGUUACUCUUAUAUGUGUUCCCCCACACUUUAUGUUACUCUUAUAUGUGUUCCCCCACACUUUAUGUUACUCUUAUAUGUGUUCCCCCACACUUUAUGUUACUCUUAUAUGUGUUCCCCCACACUUUAUGUUACUCUUGUAUGUGUUCCCCCACACUUUGUUACUCUUAUAUGUGUUCCCCCACACUUUAUGUUACUCUUAUAUGUGUUCCCCCACACUUUAUGUUACUCUUAUAUGUGUUCCCCCACACUUUAUGUUACUCUUAUAUGUGUUCCCCACACUUUAUGUUACUCUUAUAUGUGUUCCCCCACACUUUAUGUUACUCUUAUAUGUGUUCCCCCACACUUUAUGUUACUCUUAUAUGUGUUCCCCCACACUUUAUGUUACUCUUAUAUGUGUUCCCCCACACUUUAUGUUACUCUUAUAUGUGUUCCCCCACACUUUAUGUUACUCUUAUAUGUGUUCCCCCACACUAUAUGUUACUCUUAUGUGUUCCCCCACACUUUAUAUUACUCUUAUAUGUGUUCCCCCACACUUUAUGUUACUCUUAUAUGUGUUCCCCCACACUUUAUGUUACUCUUAUAUGUGUUCCCCCACACUUUAUGUUACUCUUAUAUGUGUUCCCCCACACUUUAUAUUACUCUUAUAUGUGUUCCCCCACACUUUAUGUUACUCUUAUAUGUGUUCCCCCACACUUUAUGUUACUCUUAUAUGUGUUCCCCCACACUUUACAUUACUCUUAUAUGUGUUCCCCCACACUUUAUGUUACUCUUAUAUGUGUUCCCCCACACUUCCACACAGCAGCUGAUAUAUGGCAAUAUAAGUGCACAAUACAAUAUACGCAUUGCCCUAUAAUCUAACACAUAUUUGACCUUAUUUAAUAUAAAAAUACUCUUAGACAUCUUUUUCCGUACAUGUGCAAUAUGAGCUUUCCAUGUCAGAUCGUCAUCCAGUAUCACUCCUAAAAAUCUAAGUUCAGAAAGCCUUUCAAUAUCAAUUCCAUCUAUUGACAGUUUGAUCGUUUCCUCACUUUUCCUCUUACAAAAAAUCAUGAACUUUGUUUUUUCUACAUUUAAUGAUAAUUUAUUGACAUCAAACCAUCUCUUAAGUUUAAUCAUUUCCUGUUCAAUAAUGUUUGAUAAUGCUUUUAAGUCAUUUCCCGAACUAUAAAAGUUGGUGUCGUCCGCAAAUAAUACAAAUUUCAAUAACUUUGAUACCUCACAUAUAUCAUUAAUAUAUAAAACAAACCAUUUUGGUCCCAAAACUGAACCUUGUGGAAUUCCACAUUCAAUCCUCAUUUGUUCAGAUGUAUUACCCAUAAAAUCCACAAACUCUUGUCUAUUAUCUAAAUAACUUCGUAGCCAGUCUAAAACUACUCCUCUCACACCAAAUGAAUGCAACUUGGACAAUAAUCUAGAAUGAUCUAUAGUAUCAAAUGCUUUUUUAAGAUGGAUAAACAGCCCUAUAGUGUAUUUCUGUUGCUAUAUCCUCCAUUAUAUUCAUUACAGCUGAAGCAGUGGAUCUAUUGGUCCGGAAUCCAUACUGGCUCUCACUCAACAGCAUCUUCUUUUCAAUAAAACUCUCUCAUUUUUUUACAAAUAUUUUUUCAAUUAUUUUAGAAAAUUGUGACAGUAGUGACACUGGUCUGUAAUUAGUGAAUCUAUGUUUAUCUCCCGUUUUAAAGAGUGGAAUUACCUUUGCUACCUUCAUUUUAUUUGGAAAGGUCCCUGUUUGAAAAGAAAGAUUAAAAACAUAACAAAGAGGUUUGAUGAUACAGUCAAUAGUCUUUUUUACAAUUAUCAUGUCUAUACCAUCACUGUCUGUUGAUGUCUUAUUUUUCACUUUUGUUACCACCGAUACAAUUUCAUUUUCACUAACAUCUCCUAGAAGCAUGGACUGUAGCACUUUGCUUCCACUCUGUAUAUCUUUAUGUUCUCCAAUACUCUCUGACAAUUUGGGUCCAACAUUCACAAAAAAAGAGUUGAAUCCGGUUGCCACUUCAUUCAUAUUUGUUAUCAUCUUAUUAUCCUCAUUGAUAAAAUGGCUUGGUGGGUUUGUAGGCCCAGAUGUUUUUCCUAUUACCUUGUUCAGAAUAUUCCAAGUUCCUUUGAUAUUGUUUUUAUUUUUUCUAGUAAAUUAUUAUAAUAUUCUCUUUUUGCUUGUCUCAUUAUUGUUAUCAAUUUGUUUUUGUAAACCUUAUAUUUCGUUUCAGCAUCCUUUGUUCUUACUUUUAUGAAAUCUCUAUAAAGUUUGUUUUUCUUUUUACAAGCAUUCUGUAGUCCCUUUAUAAUCCAAGGCUUUUUAUUGUAGCUGUCUCUUUGUUUCCAUACAUUCGGACAAUGCUUUUCAUACAAUGAUAAAUAUAUAUUAAGAAAAGCCUCAUAUGCAUCAUUUGCCUCUCCCACAUACACCUCAUUCCAGUCUGUUUCAAAUAAGUCCUUCCUAAACCUAUUUAUUGCCUCUUCAGUUCUUUUCCUUACAUACCUAUGGGUUUUUUCCUCCCUCUUUCUAUCAAUUGGACAGCCAUAAGUAAGAAACACAGGUAAGUGGUCACUUAUAUCAUUGAUUACUAGUCCGCUUUUUAUAUUAUUUUUUAUGUCAUUUAUAAAGAUGUGAUCAAUUAACGUUGCACAAUUUGUGGUUAUUCUACUGGGUUUGGUGAUCAAUGGAUAAAGCCCUCUACUAUAUACCACAUCCAAGAAGUCUCUUGUUGAUUUAUUUCUGGGUGAGCUUAGCAGGUCUAAGUUAUAGUCGCCACACAUGACCAAUGUUUUCUUUUCCUUUACCUUACACAAUAAUUCUUCCAAACUAUCAUUAAUGCUUCUACUUUAGACCCAGGUGUCCUAUAUAAACACGUAACAAUAACAUUUCUCUUCUUUUUUAUUUCUACCUCCACAGUUACACAUUCCUAUAAAUCAUGGAUUACCACUGUCAUACAUUCAACAGGUCUACAUUUCAAGUCACAGUCAACAAACCUCCUCCCUUCUUGUUUCUUCUACUAC